CGGAGACGGAGACAGUAUGGCGAACAAGCUCAUCGGAGAAAUUGGUCUUCACAAGAAAAUCUCUAAUAUAUUCGCCGCCCGUAACAUCAUCACCGCCAAGGUUUUUCAUCAAAUCUACGCAUGAUUCCUAAAUUUUCCGGCGAUACGAUGCUGAAACUAUAGGAUGCAUUGUCUAUGACGGAGUUUGAAUUGAUGGAGCUUCUAGAUGUUGGGAUGAAGGAGAUAAAAUCAGCGAUUAAACUCAUCAGUGAAGCUGCUUCUCCUCCAUGCCAAUCCGCACGAACUUUGCUGGAGAGAAAAGUUGAAAACGAGCACUUGUCAGGUCAUCUUCCUACACAUUUAAAGGGUUUGGAUUCAACCUUAUGUGGUGGUAUACCUUUUGGUGUUCUCACAGAGUUAGUUGGUCCUCCUGGUAUUGGUAAAUCGCAGUUUUGCAUGAAACUUGCCCUAUCAGCUUCAUUUCCCACAGCUUACGGAGGAUUAGAUGGUCGUGUAAUAUACAUAGACGUUGAGUCCAAGUUUAGUUCAAGAAGGGUGAUAGAGAUGGGACUGAAAAGCUUCCCUGAAGUAUUUCACCUCAAAGGAAUGGCACAAGAGAUGGCAGGAAGAAUCCUUGUUUUGCGGCCAGCAUCUUUAUCCGAUUUUACUGAAAGUAUACAAGAACUCAAGGAUUCGAUUCUUCAAAACCAAGUAAAGCUUCUAGUGAUUGAUAGUAUGACAGCUCUUCUUUCAGGUGAAAACAAACCAGGAGCUCAGAGACAGCAUCAGUUGGGUUGGCAUAUUUCUUUCUUAAAGUCGCUUGCUGAAUUUUCGCGGAUUCCUAUAGUGGUGACUAAUCAAGUUAGAUCUCAAAACCGAGAUGAAACUAGCCAGUAUUCUUUCCAAGAAAAAUUCAAAGAUGGGUUUCAAGAACACGCAAGAACAUAUGAUUCUCACCUUGUUGCUGCAUUGGGGAUUAACUGGGCUCAUGCUGUAACCAUCCGGCUGGUUCUUGAAGCCAAGUCAGGUCAGAGAAUCAUUAAGGUCGCGAAAUCUCCUAUCUCGCCUCCUCUAGCCUUCCCUUUCCAUAUAACAUCAGCUGGAAUUUCAUUGCUGAGUGACAACGGGACUGAACUUAAAGGCCCAGGAAUUAACACCAUUCACGCUCGAGGGCACAGCGACAUGAUUAAUUUUAAUGAGGAAGUUUAAGAGUACGAAACAAAGGCUUGCUGAUACAAAAAUUCAAUUAGAGGAACCUCACUUCCAAAUGCUGUAAAUUGUCUUAAUAGUAAGUCAGUAGUUCAAUUCAAAACUUUUUAUAGGAGAAGCUAAUAUUUAUACAUUGAUAUAGGCUUCAAUGUUCCUUCAUCGGAUGAUUAGCGAUAAAAUCUCACAAUUCGUAGAUCUCUGCAAUCUAUAUAGUAUUUGGUAAAGGGUUUGCUUGUUUGUUUGUUUUUGUUGGAACUAUCUAUAUUUGCAAUAUGUAUGAGAUGGUAUGAAUCAUGAUGAUGAUCA